AUGGGGGAGUUUAUUCCGAUUCGAUUGGUUGGUAGUGACGAAAAUUCUACACAGUUUAAUUAUCUGCAGGGCAAAAACGAGAAAGUCCUACAGCAACAACAACAGCAGCAGUAUGGAGGUGGUGGUGGUGCCAUAAAGUUACGAGAUUUGAAUACUGAGGUUCAAAGGCCAAUAUCUCAGAGAACACUGGAAUUGGUCGAGUAUUUGCGGAAACCGGAACCUGCUCUGGGAUCAAGCGUUAAAUUACGACCAGAUUCAGCUGAAAUGGUUUUAGGUACAUUGGGGGAAGUUAAAAGUAUGUAUAUACCAGAAUCACCAUCCUUAUUGAGGACUUUAACCUAUAAUACAAAUUCUUCUACAGUGAGAUUGAUAAAGAUGGAUGAUGGCUCAACGUUAGAUUUAAGCCCUGUUUCCAAGAUCUAUGAUGGUGAUUUUGAUUGUCAACCAUUCUAUCACACUUAUGAUUAUGAAAAUAGGUUAGAAGUGGAUGAUUACGAUUCUAUUCUUAACCAAAUGGUGGAAGACGAUUUAAACAAUAGUAAACCAACAUUUUACAGGGAAUUAGAAUAUCAGGAAAUGAAAAAAAUUGUAGGGAUUACGGAUUAUAUCCUUUACUAUGUGUUCGGUAUUGAUAAAUUACAAUUUUUCCAGUUGAAAGGGGAAAGGGACAAAUUUAGAGAGUUUAACUAUGAAUCCUAUACGUGCCCAUUAAAAUAUAGAGAUCCUGAAUUCAACGAUUUAAAAGAUGAUGAACAGGCAGUUUCCUCGGAUGAGGAUUAUGAGACGGACCAAGCUCUGUGCGAUACAUCUUCUGUUAUGUCCCUUGACAUGUAUGUGUAG